AUGUCUUUUCGUUUCUCUAUUCCUCAUGCAUAUGAUCCAAAUAUGAAUAGAGAGGAUCUUUUGACCCUUUCCAGAACGACUUCUCAUUCUUAUAAAAGUGGUUCAACCUCUCAAGCAAAACAGAAUGGUAAUGCCAAUGGCGCAACGAACACAUCAAAUGGCAACAAACCAGAACAUGCGAAGCAGCCUUAUGUAUUCGCUGAUCGGGUUGCUUUCAGGCAUGAGAAAAAUCUCACCAUCAAUUACGGGAUUAAACGUCACGGAGAACUCAGAGGCUACGAAAUCUAUCUUGUUGAGCAAUGGGCAUGUUCGAGAGUCCAUCCUACUUUCGUUAUUACGACCUAUACAGGAGAUGACAGACACAGGAUUCAAGUAGGCGUGCUGGGGAUACCUGCAGAUAAGGAGACAUGGAAUCCGAGACUUCGAGUUUAUUUCAACGCCAUUUCCCAAUACCACGCCAGGCCUAAGGACACGCCGUUGGGAACAUUGAUGGUGACAAAUUUGAGCAGUUUUCCUUCUGGCCUAAAUGUUAUUCCUGUGCCGAAUGGAGAUGUAAGGAAGCAUAGGGAAGAUUUUAUUGUCAACGAGAAUUUGAAGAGGUUAGGAUGUUCUGGACGAUCCGGCAUGAGUCUUCAAGCCCCGGCCGCUGCCACACAAGCCAAAUUCUUCCAAUUAUACAGGACGAGCGAUCGAAUACCUCUCUAUGGCGCUGUCAUCGAAUUAGUGAAACUUUGUCAAGUCGCCCUAAUGAUAUUUGGAAUAUUAGAACAGGAAUAUGCGGACGGCUGUCUCUGCGACGUUACGGAGAGAGCGAUAAAUGAUUGGUGGACCGAGAUUGGAUCCGAAUACUAUAACAUUGAACCCUCCGAUGGAAUCUUGGGUCCGACUACUGUGGCCGCACUCCUAGGGUUACUCAUGGGUGCUAGAAAUCGACUCAACUACUAUGGAGCCCCGGUGGCGAAGGACGCAUUCGAUGUUGUUAGUCUCAAGCGUGGCCACACAUUACAGGAGAUUGCAAUCAAAGUACUUGCGAAAGGUGCUGCGGGAGAAGGUUGGGCAGUUCCAAAAGCAGUCAAAUCGACCCUUGCAGAAGUCAGUGGGAAGAGUGGUGAAAUGGUUAUGGGAAUGGUUGGUCGUGAUAAAUCUGGUAUUGCUGACAUUGAAACCUGGGAUUUAGAGCGCUUCAUAAGUUUGAUACACGGAGCAAGAUCCAAAUGGCUAUGGUAUGGAAAAUCAAGACGGACGGGUGCCGAUGAUCACGGAAAAUCAGAGCCCGCUGCGGCUCACAUGUCAUUUACAAAGGAUGACCACGGCGGGUACAUGUGGUCUCACAGCAGAGCUGAUUCAAUGCCACCAGAGGAUGAUGUAGAUAUCCGCAAGAAAGAAGUCUCCGAUGAAAUAUACUCCGCACAGCCGCCAGGAUCGGCCACGAGCAUGUUGGAAACACCAAACGAUCGAGAAAUCCAACUCCAUAAAGCUGUUUUCAAGAAAGCUACCGGCAAAAUGAGUGAGGCUAAGCAAGGGUUUGGACGAAUUAAGGAUGCUGUUGGCCUACGCGGUCAUAACAGUAAACAAUCGAAAGACGAAAUUCGUGAAUUCGAUGAGAACGGUGGUUAUUUUAGCCCGGGACAUCUGACUGCAACACCUCAUGGAAUGGGCACACCAUCUAGCCCGACAAUCAAUAAAGCAUUUAGUUGGAAAACCAAACCAGGAGAAUAUGAAAAUGGGCUUCCAAAAACUAAAGACUUCGUAAAUGGAUUAGCGCAAGCUGGGCUACGCGAAAGUGAUAGCGAAUCACCCCCUGGCAAUUCCAAGACAAGCUUACCAGGUGUCACCCAAAUUUUAACUGCUACACAAUUGGAGGAAAGGAAAGCCGUGGAAGCCGAAGAACAAUGGCAGGCACAGGCGCAAGAAAUUCGUCGUGAACUUGUCGCAAAGGAGCCUUCUAUUUCAGGGUCCAUUUGUGGCGAGGGUGACCUAGAAGGCCCAGUUCUAGAAGCAGAACGUAGUGAUAAUCAUAAUUUUGUGGCGAUACUUCAUCGUCGGCAUAGUGUUUCCGAUGCAUCCCAUUCUAGGAGACAUCGUUACGAAGAUCAAUUACAGCGUCAUGUGUCUUUCAGUGAUGCCGAAGACGCUGUUCUAACCUGGGAACCUGUUGGUAUUACUGACAAGUUUGACGAAUCAGAUGACUGGCUCGCUUUACAAAAUCACAAAUUACUCAACGAGGAUUAUAAACGAAUAUACGAGAAGAUAUUGGACCUUCAAAAUAAUCUAUGCCCAUGGGUACAGAGGAAAAUCGACGGGAUCAACCAUUUAGACGAUCAAGCAGCUCUUGACCAGGAAAGGUUUCAGGAGUUACACAUGCAGUUGAGCGAAGAAUACCAAGAUUUAAGGAAUAAUACACAGGAUUUCCUCGGUGAAGAACGAUCACAUGUUACAGAAACUCUCAAGGAUAUUGAAGUCCUUGGAGCCAAACUUGAGUACGAGCUCAAUUCUCUUGUGUCAAAAGUACAGGAUGUAGAGGAUGGAGUAUCUCAAUUUGAAAGACAGGUAGAUGAUCUGGAGGCAAGAGCAGAUGAACUGGAAAACAUUUUUAGAAAGGAAAGUUGGGCUCAUUGGCUUGUUCGCUCUAUUACGGGAAUUGGUACUGGACCAAAUAUUGUGGCACCAAGAAAUCCUUGA